AAUGGGAGUCUGGUUGAAAAAACUGCGGUAAUUUAAGCUACAUAAACAUGAGCUUUAUUUAAGGGUGUAACAAAUUGUUGUGCGUUUACUCAAAAGCGAUAUAGAAAUCCAUAGGGCAUGGUUACUGGAAGCCAGAUUCGAUAAAUCAACCUGCGCCAUAAUCCUUGAAAUUUAUCCAUUGAAAAUCGGGCCAUCUAUCAUUCGACAGAAUCUAUUCAAACCGAGUACAACAGGGCUAGCAGUCCUUCAAUUCAAUUCAAAGAACUCCCUGUUGGCUGUCAUGUGUUGCCGCCGUAAUCAUUUGAUUUGGAUGCGGCGGCAAAUUCCCGCAGAGUACGUUAUCUGCUGGAAUUUUGGGGUAUUGUUAUGAGUGAAAUACCAUGAAGAUACCCUUUAAAAUGCCAGAUGUUUAUGCCGGAUGUGUGGCAGUAAAGUGAGUUGUAUGAUCCAGCAACAAAUGCUUUGCGUGUCAGGUUUCUUUUGUGUUUUUGUGUUUUUUUUUCGCCUCCGUUGUAACUCAUUUUCUCCGCUCUAUAUAAUUUUGGGGUGUUAAUUCACAAAAUGGCGUCGCCUAGUUCCCGGAAUUCUUUUGCACACAAAAAACCACCGCCUCCUCCGGUUCCAGCUCGUCCAAUUAUUGUGCCACGCCAAAGUAUGCUGCAGUUUGAGCCCCACGAAGAGCAGCGCAUUUCCAGAUGCAGGUACAUGGUACUGGUUUAUCUCCUCUUCGCGGUCUUACUUCAGCUUGCUUUGGUCCAAUGGGAAGUUGUGUCGUAUUAUAAACCAUUAACCAAUUUCUUUCUGGCCAAGUACUGGCUGAGUGUUUGUUGUAUGCUGAUUUCAGUUCCACUUCUCGCGGUAUUUUUGCUUGUCCGCCAAGCAAGAUAUAUGCCUAUUCUUGGAUGGGUACUAUUUUGUCUCAUAAUAGAGCUUAUGGUUAUUGGUAUUUGCACAUUUGCCGCUUAUUGUAAUGCAUGGCACUUUUUGAUAUACUUUACCAUAACUGCAAUGCUCAUAAUGACCUCUGUGCUUAUUGGCUCCUUUAUUCCCUGCGAUUUGACCGCAAAUGUGGCUGUAGUUUUCCUGGUCAGCAUACAGAUAUUUCUAGUGAGCAUAUUUCUGCUGAUGACCUUUAUGAUGAUUGAUUCGGCCGAUGGAUUUUUCUAUCCCUUUGCCGCUCUGGUUUUGGUGAUUGUCUGUAUGUUUACCAUGUACCAUGCCCAAUUGAUCCGAGGUUGGCGGUAUGCGGAACUAUAUACCACCGAUGGACUAUUUGCCGUGAUCGUUAUAUUUUGUCAUUUCUGCAUUGUGCUGAUGCUCUUUUGCUAUUUGGAAUGGAAAGAUGCCGACGAAAAUGACGGUUUAAAAGAUAUUGAUGAUGUCUUUGAUGAAAUCACUGAAAAUUAUGAUGAAUCUGUAGGUUUGAGAGGUCUGAGUACUGAUGAAUUUAUUGAAGGCGUUAUAAGGCUUUGCUGUGCCUCGAAACUCAACUCUCACUGGAGAUUUUUGGGUCAGGCGUUUUCGGUGACCACUCAGGACGGCAGGCGCCGGCUAAGCCUGCCCGUCGACAUUAUAAUAACAUCCAUCAUUCUGGACCAUAUACAAAUGACAACAACUGCCAAAGUAGCACACAAAUAA